AUGUUCGAGCAGUUUAUUAGGGCCGGUGGGGACAAGGACCAAUUUGUCCGGCGCUUCAUGCUGAAGAAGGUCUCCGAGUCCACGAACGAGUUGGAUGAGGAGGGUGGGUAUUAUACUCCGGAGGAAAUGAAGAAGCUCUUGAGCUACUCCCAGACCCGGGCCGACCAGACGGUGGCAUGGUGCAAUGACCCUGCCAAUGGGGAUGAUCUUGUUUUGACUGACUUAGUCGACGAGAACAUCAAGUUUUAUUGGUGCCGCACGCGUGUGAAAGGCCUCAAGCGCUUGAGGCAGACGCAGACUGCAGAGGAGACAGCUGAGGCUGAGGGCACUGGCCCCAUGAUGCUUAGUGGCAUGGAUAAGAAUGCUUGCACCCCUGCAAGCAUGGGCCUCCGAACUGCUGGUGAUGUUGAAGCUCUGAGAUCUGAGGCAGAGAAGCUGGAGAUCCAGCAGAAGGAGCUUCUGUCGGUGCAGGAGAAGUCAGCUAAUCUCAUGGAUAAGUUGAAAGUGGUUUCCCCCGACAAGAAAGAUCGUAUGUCCAAGACAGCAGAAGCACUUUAUGAACAAAUGGCUGAUGCCCUGGCCAAGAUCAGUACCGCACAGCUGGACCCAAAAGCCAGUGAGGGUGCCAAGCUCGUGCUCAAUCUUACAACGGAGGGCAAGAAGCUGCCUCGACCUUGGAGUGAAGUGUGCUCCAUGUGGACUGGCCUCGAGCGCACCUGCCGGCCGGCUCUUCGCAAGCCCCCUGUGAAGAAGAAGGACGAUGAGGACCUGGUGAUGACCUCUUCGAUGAAGGACCUGCUGUGGCUGAACGACAAGAAGCAGAGGAUGAAAGUUUGGAUCUAUGUGAGAAACAUGGGCUCUGGCUACUUGCAGCUGGACAUGUUCAAGCCAUCAGUCCGUGAUCUGCCACGACUCCGGGAGCUAUUGCUGCAAGGCCUUGGCAGUGAUGCCCGUGUGCAACUCCAGUUGCCAAGACCUUUGCUGAAUGCAGGCAAAGCUCUGCUUUUCGUUAGGAACAAGGUUGCUAGCAUCCUGAGUUUGGGGCCUACUGUGUAUAAGAUAGGCCUUACAGGUGAUCCCAUGUUCCGCUUUUACAAAGUGCCCUCACAGACAAGUGCAUCAGCAGGUUACCGCCAUGAUCUAGAGCAGUAUGAAGAAAUGCAUGUACUAUUUGCUGGGGCCACAUGGGAUGAGGCUGCCUUAAUGGAGGCUGUGCUGAUUGCAGAGUUUCAGGGCCGGCCGGGAAAUCGCAAUAUCAAUCCUGGGGGUGAGGGGCGGCAAGUCUAUGACCCGCCAUACUUCACAUACAUUGUGUUCAAGUCGGCCCUGAUUGCACCGAAGCGACGGCGCAUACAUGCUUAUGGGGGAAAGAGAGCGUAUCAUGUCCUAUGGCAUCACUGA